CCUUUCUUUUUUGAUAUCGCAAUCAACGUGACUCGUUCUUUUUCCGCUUUGAACUUUGAAGAUGGCGGUCGGUAAAAAUAAGGGACUCUCCAAAGGAGGCAAAAAAGGUGGCAAGAAGAAGGUCGUAGAUCCCUUCUCCCGUAAGGAUUGGUACGAUGUUAAAGCCCCCAACAUGUUUGUUGUCCGCCAGGUUGGCAAAACCUUGGUCAACCGCACCCAGGGUCAGAAAAUCGCCUCUGACUAUUUGAAGGGCCGUGUCUUCGAAGUCGCUUUGGGCGAUUUGCAAAAGGACAACGAUUCCGAACGUUCUUUCCGUAAAUUCCGUCUCAUCGCCGAAGAUGUGCAAGACCGUAACAUUUUGUGCAACUUCCACGGUAUGGAUUUGACCACCGAUAAAUACAGAUCAAUGGUCAAGAAAUGGCAAACCCUUAUCGAAGGUAUUGUUGAGGCUAAGACCACCGAUGGCUACUUGCUCCGUGUUUUCUGCAUCGGCUUCACCGCCAAGGAUCAACAAUCCCAGCGCAAGACCUGCUAUGCCCAACACUCUCAAGUCCGUAAGAUUCGCGUUAAGAUGCACGAAAUCAUCACCGAAGAAGUCACCAAGUCUGACUUGAAACAAUUGGUUGGCAAAUUGGCUUUGGACUCUAUUGCCAAGGAUAUUGAGAAGAAAUGCCAACGUAUCUACCCAUUGCACGAUGUCUACAUCCGCAAGGUUAAGGUAUUGAAGAAGCCCCGUUUCGACUUGUCCAAAUUGUUGGAAUUGCACGGUGAUGGCGGUAGCAAGAGUACCGAAGCCGUUGUCUCGGCUGAAGGUGCCGUCAUUGACAGACCCGAAGGUUAUGAACCUCCAGUACAAGAGUCUGUUUAAGAAUUAUUAUUUUAAAUGAAUACCCCAGGAAGUAACAUUCGUUAUAGAAAAUGAUUUUUUCUAAUUUUGAAGAAAAGAUAAUGAAGGACAGAACUUUUGCAAAGUUUUGAUUAAAAAAAAUAUUUAUUUUUUUGUUAUUUCAACAGCAUUAUGGGGGGACAUGGUCAUGCCGCUGCAUUAAUUUUUGUUGUUGUUUAUUUUCUGAGAACAAACAUAGCUAUAGAUAAGAGAGUGCACAAUAGGGGUGACGGCGUACUCUUCGAUGCAGUUGUGCCUUGUCAUAGGUUAGAAGGGAAGUCGUUCUGCUUUCUUAUUUUCUUUACAGAUUUUCAGUUGGGCUAGACGCUUUGAAGAGAACACACGCAUUAAUCGGAGGAAAAACCAACCACAUUUCGGACAAAUAAAAUGAUAUCAAAUGGUUUUGAAAUGUGUUUGUGCUCUUAUUUAAAUAUGACGUCACCACCCAAAGGAAACAUUUUUAUUGUGAAAGGCGUAAAGGGGCGCCGAUUUGUUUUCAGAUAAUUCUUUUUAAAUAAGACUAUUCAUAUUUGGAAUACUACUGAUGCAACAUAAUUUCUCUAUACACAAAAGUUUUAUGAACAAAUAACAUGGAAUCUAAAUCUUAGUAGAAAGAUCAAUUCAUAAACACUCUUUGGCCUCAUUAGCUCAGAAGAACUGACCAUUUUUACGUUGGAGAAUUUUGAUGUUGGCCUGAAAGGAAAAAAAGAUGUAAAACAUUCACUGCAAGAUGUAAAUACCAUAUAUGUUGGUCCGAUCCGGUUUGGGAAAAUGUGAACCUUUAUCGACAACGGCAAACCAUUGCGAAUCCUCCCUGUCUGCCAUAUAUUACAAAGAUCGUGAAAUGCCGACCUGACCUAAAAAUCAUGUGACAAGUGUCCAAAUCCAAGGAUGAUUUCAUUCUGACCCCCCUGGUAUACAUUUGUUAAAAAGAUUCCCAUUGUGAGAACGGAACAGGAUUUUGGAACAUUUUCAUGAUUCAAUAGAAUUUCUCAAUAUUGGACUGUGGCAAUACGCAUUUCGGUGGAGACAUAUUCAGCAUUUCAAAACAGUUGGUGCCUAUUUCACAUAAUUCAAAGGACCUUUACUAAAGCCACACACCUUGACAAUGAUUGCAAACUAGCUUAAGUUAUAUCCAUGCAGAAAAAUAAACAUGGAGUUGCGAUUGAAAUUCAUCGCAUUUACAAUGAAAAGAUAAGUCUUGUAACAUGGAUAUGCAAUUAAUGGUUUGAUGAAAGGAAUAAUUCAUUUGAAAGUUAAAAUUGACAAUGUUACCAUGAAUAAUUAUUUUAAUAAAAUGUUAAAAAAAAUAUAUUAUAUAUAAAAUGCGAGGAUUUUUUUUAAUUAUUAUGGUCGAAAUAGUUUAAAGGCAUUGCUCAGGAACUUCAAGAAUGUAAAAGUUCUUACAGCCUGUUUUUGUAAAAAAAGUUUUUUUUUUUUCAUCGAAUCGUUCGUAUUCAAACGUACUCGUUAUAAUAUGUGUUUUUAUGUUUAUAAAAAUUUUAAAAACUUGUCCAUUUCCGAAAAGCUUUGAUAUGUCAGAAAAAACAUGUACUACAAAAACCCAAAAUAUAUUUUCUUUCGCCAAGAUUCCAAACGAAUAAAAAAAAAACUGUUACAAAAACAGGUUGUUACUGCGUUAAUCGAUUUUCCCUCAUGAUAUCAAAAAAAUUGCAAACCUAGUAGAUUCUUGCAGGUUUUUUUUUUGUACAGAGCAAAUAUAGACUGGGAAAGUUUAGAGUUGUUAAAGGGUUAUUUUUGUUAGGGUUAUUAGGGAAUCAAAGAAUCUUCACAUAAUUGCAAACACGGAUUUGAUAGGUUUCAUAAAACAUUGAAUUCUGCUUUAAUGACUGUUUAAAACAUCAAUUAAGGUUUAAAAGGAUAUUUUAGCAAAAAGAUAAAACUAUAAUAUCUAGACGAGACAUAAUAUCAAAGCACAACUUUCAAAUGAAUAUUUUAAGAAACUAUACUUUGAUAAAUACAAAAUGUAAUGAUGAAAAAACAACAUAUGAUUAUAUCAUGAUAUAACUUUCCUUGUAACCUGAAAUUGCAUAUUUAUUUAAAACGCAUGGACAAUAAUUUUUGAUAGGGUUAUUUUGGAACAGCACUAAUUUUAUUUCUUUGCAUAUUUGUUUCUUUAUGUCUCUUCCUGACAAGUAGGUACGAUGGCGAGGAAUACGAAAUGGAAGAUCCCAAGUCCAAGGAUAAAGAUGAAGAAUUCUAAUUAUGGUUACAUGGCACCCGGAGCGAUAUUGGAACACUCGAUUAUACGACAACACAUUUUAAAUAUAUAACGAGUUCUUACUAACAUUAGUGUAUAAGGAAAAGUAAAAAACGCAAUUUAAGUAUAAAGAAGUAGUAGUGACAUCAAUUUCAAGUGGCUUAUUACAUGGAAACAUGUAAUUUUUUAUUAUAUCUAAGUGAAUGUAUGUUCUCCGAUUUUCACAUCUUAUUUCAAAACGAUAGCCAUACAUAACACUUGUUGUUUACCAACACUGUAUGAAUCUCAAAUCUUAAUAGAUGCCAAAAUUUCUCCACCUAAGGAAUAUGAAGGAAUUUUUCAAUAUGUCACUACUACGUGCCUUCUUGCUAGAUUAUUUUGAUAAUUAAAUAUUUGCGUUGAAACUAACCCAAUCUUUCAAUUUUUCUGAUGUUUUUCAGUUUGUUGUUUAAAUUUAAAGUCUUUAGAUAUGUUACAUUUUACAUGCACGGCAACAAAUUACAGUUGAAUUGUAGACCCUUCUAUAUCAUUAUGGCACUUUUGUGGUGACCUAUUCGAUUCUUUGCAGAUGAUAUUAUCAUAUGCAUAUCAUAUUCUCAUGUGGGUCACAUUCAGUGUUUCAACAACAACAAUCCGUGGAGAACAUACAAGUUUGUCGAUUUUCGAAAUUCUCUAUCCAGUUUGAAAUUGAGUUUCUCCUCUGUUAUUAAUUUUGAAACUGGAAAUCGCCUCAAAACUUUUAAAUUUACUUGAGAAAGUUUCAUUACAUCUCCAAGAUUACUGUAUCCCACUUAAAACUGUUAUAACAGGAGGUGUUGUGUUGUAAUUUUCUUAGCGGAUAAAAAACUGAUUGGCCCAGCUUGAAAAUUAUGAACACAAAUAAACCGUUUUGCUAUAAAUAUACCUUCUACAGUUAUUAAAUUUCUUCGGCAAAUGGAAUUUGUAGCACACCUCGUUUCGUUGCCGUGCAUAGUCUAUUCUAAAUAUAAAAAACAAUUGUAUCGAAAAAUUCAUUGUUACGAGUUGUUCAAUUUUUAAUAAAAUUUGUUAUUAUAAAUAUGCAUUAAA